GCACCUCGCUCGGGAAAAGGUCCCGUGUAUGGCUGCCGCCCUGAUCGACGCUGGGUCGCGCUGGGCAGCCACUGUCGGCGGCCAGGCGCUCGGGACCUGGCUUGGUGGCGGCCAGCACACGCGGGCGUGCGACUGCAGCUGCCAUUUCGACGCCUCGCCAGACGAGGCGCUCAUCGGGCUGCUGAAGGGCCAGCUCGACAGGUGCGGGCCAGAGCACCUCCACGGGCAGCCGGCCCAGGUGCCCGCUUGCCCGCCGUCGGGCCGCACCGGGCUGGAGCUCGGUCUCGCGCUGGCGCUCGGCUUGGUGCUGGGCCUUUGCGCGCGGGAGGCCGCGGCGUGGAGCUGCCGCCAUCGGGCCCAGGCGCUCGAGGACGCGCAUGGCAGCGGCUCGGACGGCGAAGGCCUGCCUACGAAGUUGUCUGGCCACAUCCUGCGCAUGGACAUGGACAGGUAUCAACGCAACGAGGCGGCGCUGCUCGAUGAAGGGCGCGCACUGGCUGAGGAGGUCCGCCGAGAGGAGGGACUCCCGGCUGAAGGUGCGGGGCUGCCAGCGCUGCCCGCCCCCGACGGCGACGCGGAGCCUGCGAAGGCUCUCGGCGUUCGCGCUGACGCUGGUGAUGUUGUGCGCUGGGUGGUCCUGGAGUCCCGAGCUGGUUACCGUCCAGGUGACGAGCUUCUCGCUGGGGCCGUCCCCCGCAGCACCGCUGGCGAUCGCGGGAUUGUCGAGCUCGCGGAUGGCACCAUGCUGGCGGUCGCGAAGUGGGGCACCUUCGAGGGGACGAGCACCCCCCGAAAGGAGACGGCUGCUGAGGAGCAGGACCUCCGCACACUGCCCGUUCGGUACGACAGGGCAGGCACGAGGAUCAGGGACUUCUCGGACGCGGUCGAGCUCAUGUCCACCAGCCCGAUGCCAGACUGGCCAGUACUGGGCCCUCGCACCACCAUGUGGCUCGUGCAGCAGUUCAAGAGGCUGGGCCAGACCCCCCUCCAGCGUCAUAUGCGGUGGAGGCAGACGCAGAACCUCACCGCAGCGGACGCGGGGGUCGACGAACAUCAGUUCUUGUCUGAGCUCCUGGAGAUGGGCGCGACGAAGGACCAGCUCAAUGAAGGCUUCGUGAACAUGAGGCCGGUGCAGCUCGUGACUCGGGCGGAUCGGCCUGGCUCGAUGAACGUGAAAUAUUUCUUGGGCAAGAACGUGGCCGUGGAGGGGCCUUGGUGUCUCCUGAGCUACAGACUUGGGUUUCGGGUCGCCUUCAACCGGAGGCCACUGUGCUCAAAGAACGUCGCAAAGGUCGCGAAGAGAAGAUUCUUGCUCGUGGCGGAGCGGUUCCUUGGUCGCCCGCCUGCCCCCGAGCGGUCGACAAUCUUCAAGGAGACGCGCGGCAUCGUCUGCGCUAUGUGUUGCGACGACGGCGUCGGAGGUGCUCCUCGCGCCAUGGGCCCGAAGCUCGGGCGGCUCGGCUACGACUACGGCCACGCGCUCGGGGAGCUUCUCGCUUCUGGAGUUAUUGGGGCCAGCUCGGAGCCCGUGCUGGAGGAGGCAGGUCUGUUCUUUGUGGCGCGGAAGGACAAGAGGCGCUACUUCAACUUGCCUUUGAUUGACAGUCGCUUUCUGCCAUCCGAUGUCCGAAGUGCCUGCGGUCUUUCGUUGAAGAGCGGCCAGGUUCGAUUUCGGUUCAAGGUGGCGCCCAUGGGAUGGAGUUGGGCCGUUCACUUUAUUCAAGAAGCUCACCUGCACAUUGUCAGAUCAGUUUUGCCGUCGCAGCCUUGGUGCCUUGACAAGUGCCCUGGGAUUGACCUGAAGAGUGACGAUGCCAAGGUAUUGUACAUUGACAACUUUGCAGUGCUGUCAUCUUCCCCUGGCCGCGCUGCCACAGCGGUCAAGGCCAUGCAGUCGGCCUUGGCAGCGCGCGGAGUGGUCUCGGAGCUGGACCCCGACUCCUGCGAGCGCGGGGAGCUGGCGGGCUGCGAGCUCGACCUGCGCACUGGCUGCUGGCAGGUGCUGGGGCGGCGGCUCUGGCGGAUAUAUGGAGCGCUGGAGCACGCGCUCCGGAAGGGGGCCAGGGUGACUGGCCAGGAGCUCGAGCGCCUCAUCGGCCACCUGGUGUCGCUUCUGAUGCUGCGCCGAGAGGGCCUCGCCAUGCUCCACGCCUCCCACGAGUUCGCGAGGGCAUCCUACAACAAGCGGCAGCCGCUCUGGAAGAGCGUGCGCCGCGAGCUGGCUUGGGUGAAGUCCUUGCUGCCGUGCCUGCGCGCUGACGCUACGCUGCCUUGGAGCGACAUGGUCACUUGCUUUGACGCGUCGCCCUGGGGCUACGGCAUCGUCGAGACCGAGUGGGGCCUCGAUAGCGCACAGCGAGUUGGGCGAGUCUCGGAGCGCGCGCGCUUCCGAGGGCUGCUGGCGGCCGAGGGGGCCCCCCGCGAGCGCGCGCUGGAGCAGGAGAUCGCGCGGGCCCCUGAGCCCGCCCUGCUGCUUGCUGGCCGCGCUGCAGGCUUCCCGGAGGUCGACUACGAGAGGAUGCAGGCGCAGCCUUGGCGCGUGGUGGGCUGCGGCCGCUGGAAGCGCAAGGGGGCCAUUCAUGGCCUGGAGGGGGCCGCCCUGACCUGGGCAGUGCGGCGAGCGGCAAGGGGCGCUCGACAGCACAGGUCGCGACGAUUGUUUCUCGGAGAUAACAUGUCCCUCACUCUUGCUGCUGCCAAUGGUCGUGCUGCCAACCAUCGUCUGUUCGGUGUCUCUCGUGUCAUCUUUGCCAUCGGCGUCGCAGCAGAUAUGAAGAUGCAGGUCAGGUGGCCCCCCUCAGAGUGGAAUCCCAGCGACAAGCCCUCGCGCCGUUUCCAGCCUCAAGGCCGGCGUGACCGAGGGGCCGAUGGAGGCGGCUGCGCUGCGGGCGAGGCCGCCGACGCCGCUGGCCCCGGCGAGCUCCCCCUCAGGCCGUCGCGCGCCCAGCAGGCGCAGGAGCCGUUCGCCUCGCCGAGCGCCCCCUGCGAAGGGUUGGUCGCCGGCGGAGGCGCUGGGGCUCCCGCGCGCGCGCCGGCUCUGGCUGGGCCCGCGAGCAGGCCAGACUUGGCCGGGCGGCGCGCAAGGCUUGGCCGCGUCCGCUUGGCGAGCGACUUCGACCAGAGGAGGCGCCAGCUCUGCCCUCGCCAGACCCGCCUCGCGGCCGCGAAGGUACGCCCUCACAUUCAGGAGCUGUACCUGGGGACGGUCCUUGGGCUGGUGCGCUGGCUUGGCUUGGAGCGCCUCCCGGACUGGCCGCGGCAGACCUGGGGCGAGGGGCUGGCGGAGUGCGCGGAGGCGAUCUACGACCGCGGCGGCUCGAAGGCGGCUACCCAGAGGUUGGCGCCGGCGCUGCUGCGGGCGGGGCCUGCGCUGCACAGGGCAGGCAUUCGGGAAGUCUUCCCCUUGACGCACCAAACGCUCAAAGGGUGGAACGUCCUGGAGCCCUCCCAAUCGCGGCCGCCUGUUCCGUUCGUGGUGGUGCUGGCGGUGGCUUGCUGGCUGUGCCGAGCUGGGAAGCCUCUCAGUGGCUUGGCCGUCCUGAUAAUGUUCGAGACGUACAUGCGGCCAUCGGAGGUGCUGGCCCUGCGAGCCCGCCAGGUUGUUCUGCCAUUGCCGAAGGAAGGAGGCGCCUCAGUGUUUGUGACGUUUGUGGUCCGAGCUUCAGAGUAUCAGAUCCCGACCAAAACGAACGAGUACGACCUCUCGGUGCCGCUGGACUUGCAGCGGCAACACUGGCUGGUAGAGUCGAUUUCCUUCGUCCAAGCGUUGCGGGAGCCAGACGAGCUGUUCCUUGGCCUUAGCUGCACCGAGCUGGCCGCAGACUUCAGCAGUGCGAUCUCAGCUCUGGGUGUGACCGUACUCAAGCCCACCCGGCAUGGAGGGGCCAGCCACGACAGGAGCACGGGCGCCAGAAGCUUGGGCGCCGUGCAGCAGCGCGGAGGAUGGAAGGCGUUCAAGUCAGUGCUCAGGUACGAGAGGCACGGACGCCUGUCGAUGGAGCUUCGCAAGUUGCCCGACCAUCUCCGCGAUGCGCUGCGAGCCGCAGGACUGGAUCACAUCGGCGUCUUCAACAG